GCUUCCUCUUAUAGAAGCUAUCCAUAUAGAAGUAUUACAUAUAUGCUAUAGACAAUGUGUUAAAUUAAGUUUUCGGAAACAAGAAAUAAACUUAUGUCUGGUCAAACGAAAAAGUGGAAGAAGGCCAUAAAAAAGAAGAAUAUCUAACCCCUCAAAGUGAGUAAAACUAAACAUUAAACUGGUAUUUUCAAUAAUGGAAAAAAAUAAGGAACAAACAUUCAUUUUAAGCUUAAACGAUUUUGGACAAAAGAUUUGUACAUCUCAAUCGGAACCAGGGAAAAAGUAUAUUUUAGAUGAUGAAGGUAAUAUGUCGGAAUAUUAUCCAGAAACAGCUAUUUGCGCCGUUAAAUUAGAUUCCCAUUUAAAUAGCGAAGACGAUAGUAAUGGUACAAGUAACAGUGAAGUACAGCAUAUUAACUCAUUAGAAGAUCCUACUCAGUUAGGUAUAAUGAAUUCUUUAGAUGGAGUUUCAGAAUUUGAAGAGAACCUUAUGAAUGAAUUAGAUUCCGAUUUCAUGAACAUGGUACCUAAUCCCCAAUCGCAACAUAUUAUGCAACAUAUGGAUAUAAGGGAACCUUUGACUAAACUUCGAAAACUUAUAGAAAACAGAUUGGGAGUAGGACUACAAGGAUAUGUCUUUGCAUUGCAGGGUGUUCAAAUUUUGGAUGAUGAUAAAAAUCUGGUUGAACAGUGUGUUCAAGGCGAAGGACUAGUUCAAGUUAAUGUACAGGUUCAAACAAAUCUUAAAAGAAUCAAUAUCAUUGAUGUAUUGAAACCCGCAGAAGAUUACGUUCAUAUAGAGGAUACCGAUGUAGAAGAUAUUUCUACCAAAGAAGAAUCUGAGCAAGUAAAAGCUACAGAAACAAUUAGUAAAUCGAAGAAUAUUGUUCAAUGGCAAGUCGAUGCAAAUUAUAAAAAGGAACAAGAAAGACUGAAAAUUCCAUCUGAUCCAAAAGAAUGGACUACUCUCCAAGUUAGACAUUGGGUACAGUGGGCGGUGCGCCAAUUCAAUUUAACUAAUAUUAAAUUGAGCGAUUGGUUGAUGGAUGGUAGAGAAUUGGAUGCAUUAACCAUACAGGAUUUUCAAAAAAUUGUUCCUAGCGAUCCAGGAGAUGUUUUUUGGACACAUCUCGAAUUAUUAAGAAAAAUGAAAGUUGUAGCAACAAAGAAGGAAGAGUCAACGAAAAGAAUCAUACCAAAAAUUGUGAAAGUCAAUAAGGGAUCAAAAAAAGAUCUAAAAAUAAUGAACUACUCUACUAAUGUACGAUACUUCGAUCCUGCUAGUUAUGCAGCGGGUAAUAACAAAAGUGGAAAUAAUGGUCAAAUACAAUUAUGGCAAUUUCUUUUGGAACUUUUAACAACUAGAGAAUACAAGUCCAUUAUCCAAUGGAUCGGCAAAGAAGGAGAAUUCCGUUUAAAUCAUCCAGAAGUGGUGGCGCAUUUAUGGGGAGAAAGAAAAAAUAAACCGAUGAUGAAUUACGAGAAACUUUCCAGAGCAUUAAGAUAUUAUUAUGAUGGAGAUAUGAUUUCAAAAGUUCAUGGGAAGAGAUUUGUGUAUAAAUUUGUAUGCGAUUUGAAACAACUUUUAGGUUACAGCGCGGUAGAAUUGUCAAAUUUAGUGAAACAUGGAAAUCCAAAUGAUUUAAUUGAAUGUUAAGAAGAAUAAUUUCAAAAUUUGACAAACAACAAGAACAAUUCCAGAAUUUUCAAACUGUGAUACUGUUUUAUCUUAAAUAAUUGUGUUGGUUGAAUGAAAUUUACUGUACAGGUGGUUUUUUGUAUCAAAAUUGUUUUUUGUUUAAAAUUAAAUAAUAAAUUAUUUGAAAGGCAUCACUUUGUUUUUUCAAUAUAAAUAAAGUAUCUACCCCGAUCUUAGUGUCUCUAGCCUGGCUUUGUAAAAUCUUGACAUGAUGCAAUGCAAUUCAAGUCGCAUUAUUUCUUUAUCAAAACCAUGCAGAUCAACUGACCUUCGUAAACUUAGCUUCGUUAUUUUCAUUUUUAAACUAUGAACAAAAUCUUAAAAAAGCUUAAACUUAAAAGUUUAAAAUAUACUAUUGAAAAUUUCGAAUAUACAAAAAAUCGCUUCCAGUGGCACCGCUUGGCAAAGCUCCAAUUGCAACUGGCUUUUAUUGAUAAGAAUUUUUAGAUGAAAAUGGCACCAACAGAAUACAGUGAGGAAAGUUUGUUAUAUUAUGUACAUUGCAUUAAAAUAACUAAUUCUCAAUGUGAAAUUUUGUAAAUAAAAUACAAAUAUCCGAAUCUAUUAAAUUUAACAAUGUAUCUAUAUAAUAUUUUGCAUUAUAUUUGUAUUAAAUAAUUUCAUUAAAUAACAGUCCUUUAUUUAA